UAACAACGGGAGACGAGAAUCAUGGCGGCUGCGGCAGUGACCGGUUGUGCCGCUCAGGGCGUGAAGAUGGGGCGACAGUGAGCCUCCGGCUAAUAGUUCACGACACGAGUAAAUGCGAGAGUAAAUUAAGAAGAAGAAAAAGAAAAAUAACCAACAACAUUCGGUGCUAACGCGUUGCUAUUUGGCUUUGUUUUCCCUGACAAUGGAGGAUAUCAUCUCGAAAAUAAGAAAAAUUUCAAAACUUGACUUUCAGUCAAAGCAAGAAACCAUAAGUAAGGGAACGCCAGAUUUGCGAGGAUUGAUUCAAACUACGGGCCUCCCGGGACGGACUACAACACGUUCGUUUCAAAAGGAUUGGUACUCUAAAAAAGACUGGCUUUGUGGUUGUGCUGCCAAAAAUCGACUUUACUGCUUUCCCUGUCAUCGAGAUCUUCGUCCAGAAGGACAGGUGAAUGGACUUCAUUUACAAGUAAAGGUUGAGUGACAGCCGAGAAUGGAAGCGCAAGGCAGGUCUCUACCAGGAGUGUCCUCGAGGGUCAGGAGGCAGAGAAGCAAAAAGUCUGUCCAACGCACUGAUAAAUCAGCACACUGUCUCUCCAAAGAAGAUAUCGCAAAGUUCAUCAAUAGCCGGAAGCAGAACAUCUGCGUGGGCCUGCUACAACGUGGCUUCCACAGGUCCUUCUCUGAGCUCUUCCUUUUGCUGCGGUUGGAUCGGGAGCGCCGGGAGGGGGCGGAGAUCAACUCGGCUCUCAGUCUUCAAACGCCGCUAGAGGAGCAGCACGCCAAAAUGGAGAGCAUCGGUCUUUACCUGAGCCGUGCCGAGCAGGCGCAACGGGACGGUCGCUGGCCGGCGGCGUACGAGCAACGUCUGCAUUUGGGCGCCUAUUUCACGGCCGAGUUGGAGGACCUGUGGCUCAGCUUGCACUUCUACCACACGUGCACCGACGCGCAGGAGGAAGGAUGCAAGCGGCACGCCACCGAGGGGCGGGCCUGCUUGGCCGAGCUCUACCUGCAGCAAGGUCAGCUGGACAAGGCAAGGCACCAGGCUGAACUUUCCGUGCAAAUGGCCGACGAAGGCGGUUGGGUGGACUCGUCCGGUCGCUACUUGCCGCGUCGAGCCCGCGAGAGCCUGUGGUCCAUCUACAGUCGCCAGGCGGACGCUCGCAUCAAAGUGGGCAAACCCGACAAGGCUCUGGAGCUCCUCCACAAAGGAUACACCACCGCCACCGAGUCUGCAAACAAAAACAUCGAAGGGGAAGCCGCCUAUCAGCUCGGACUCGCCUACUACAGAGUCGGAGACUACGACACCUCCAAACGGUACCUCAACACCUCCAUGACCAUCUGCAGCAGCACGGAGAAUUUCGAUGGCCUGGGAAAAGCUUACAAGGCCAUGGCCAAGUUAUAUGAAAGUAAGGGAAACGUCAAGAACACCAUCAAGCUUUUGGAGACAUUGGUUGACAUCUCCCGGAGCAAGAGCUUACAUCACCACCUCGUGGACGCAUGCCUAUGUCUGGGCCAUGUCUACACUAACAUGGUAACGCACACACUCACACAUAUACACACAUAUACACAAAAUCAUGGUCCUCCCUGUAGAAACAGUAUGACCAAGCUCGCGAGAGCUUACUCCAAGGUUACAACGUGGCCUGUGACAUCGGAGACGUGGCUUUGGUGCAGAAAGCUCAGGUGUCACUGGCCAGUGCUCACACUCGUUGCAUCGUGGGGAAGUACAGCUCGGACGUGGAGUCGGCCACGUCGCCCGCUCUGUCGCGGCUGCUGGCUUGGAAAGUGUCAAGAGGACUUCACGAGACCAGCGGCAAUGCUGACAUCUGCGACUAUUAGACAUAGACUGAGUUACCUUGACGUUUCCCCGAGCCAAGGAUUGCAGGAUUGCCAAGGAUGCCAGCAAAUGUGUCGCUAGCACUACUUUCCUUUUAAGCAUUUUAAUAAAUAUUUGACUUUGCUAACAUAAAGCCAUAUAAAUCAAA